GAGCCGCCCGGGCGCCGCCCGCCUCGCCAGCGCCCCCCGCCCGCACCAUGAGGCUGCGGUAGCGCGGCGGAGCGAGCGGAGCCCCGCGGAGCCGCCCGCCGCCCCCAUGGCGAAGGAGAGGAGCAGGAAGGCGCUGGUGGAGCUGCUCCAGCGGCCGGGGAACGCGGCGUGCGCCGACUGCGCCGCCCCGGACCCAGACUGGGCAUCCCACAGCCUAGGGAUCUUCAUCUGCCUGAAUUGUUCAGGAAUCCAUCGCAAUAUUCCCCAGGUCAGCAAAGUGAAGUCAGUCCGCUUGGAUGACUGGGACGAUGCUCAAGUGGAGUUUAUGGCCUCGAAUGGAAACAAUGUAGCAAAAGCAAAAUAUGAAUCUAAAAUGCCACCGUUUUAUUAUAAGCCAACGUUUCUUGACUGUCAACUGCUGCGGGAACAGUGGAUCAGAGCCAAAUAUGAACGAAAAGAAUUCAUUCACAGCGAGAAGCAGGAGCCUUACUCUGCAGGGUACCGAGAAGGGUUUCUGUGGAAGAGAGGACGCGACAACGGGCAGUUCUUAAGCCGAAAGUUCGUGUUAUCGGAGAGAGAAGGGGCACUGAAGUACUUCAACAAAAACGACGCAAAAGAACCCAAAGCAAUUAUGAAGAUCGAACACCUAAAUGCAACUUUCCAGCCUGCAAAAAUUGGGAACCCACACGGACUGCAGAUCACUUACCUGAAGGACAAUAGCACAAGGAACAUCUUUGUCUAUCAUGAAGAUGGCAAGGAAAUAGUGGAUUGGUUCAACGCCAUCCGGGCAGCACGUUUCCAUUACUUACAAGUGGCAUUCCCUGGAGCCAGCGAUGUUGAUCUGGUGCCAAAGCUUUCUAGAAACUACCUGAAGGAGGGAUACAUGGAGAAAACGGGGCCAAAGCAAACAGAGGGAUUCAAGAAGCGAUGGUUCACCAUGGAUGACCGACGGCUCAUGUAUUUCAAAGAUCCCCUGGAUGCCUUUGCUAGAGGGGAAGUUUUUAUUGGGAGCAAGGAAAACAGCUACAAGGUGCUGGAAGGGCUCCCACCGUCCACGCAGGGAAACCACUGGCAGCACGGGAUAACCAUCGUCACCCCGGAUCGGAAAUUCCUCUUUGCCUGCGAGACAGAGGACGACCAGCUGGAGUGGAUUACGACCUUUCAGAAAGUCAUCAGCCGGCCCAUGCUGCCUCAGGAAUACGCAGUGGAAGCCCAUUUCAAACAUAAACCUUAGCUGGGACUGGCUGGGCAGACCUGAGGAGUGAGCUUCUGUUUACAACACAACGUGGUUUUAUUUGAAAUGUUUAAAAUAAUAAUUAAUAAUAAUAACAGUAAUAAUAAUAAUAAUACUUCCCUUUCCCCUCAUCAUUCACUUGAUCAUGUUGGAAGCUGAGAAGGACGGCAGCAGAACUUUGGAGAAGAUGCUGAUCCAACUUGAAAUUCAGCUUUGUAGCUGCUCCACGGGAUGGGACAGGUGGUCCUGCCCCCCCAUCACCCCACACCCAUUGGAAGGGGUGUCCCACCCAGAUUCAGCAGGAUGGCAAAGACUAUUGGUGGCUCAUCCCAGGGGGAGAUGGAGCUUUUCCACACGUGCAGGUCCCUGGGCUCUGGAGCUGAGCAUCCCCGCAGUCCCAGCUGGCUGCCAGCCCUUUCCAGGGGGCUGUGAGUCCCUGAGCAGUGACAUCCUCGUGGGAUGGGAAAUUGCAGCCUGGAAACACCUGAAAUGGUGCUGUGCAAAACGGCUGGGCCUCCCCAUGGCAUUGGGGUAAAUGAUAAGUAAAUUACCUCCCUGUGGAGGGGUGGUGAUGCUGCACCUGGACAGGGUCAAAUGGGAUUUAGAAAUAGAGGAAAUGGGCAUCAUCAGGCUCAUUACUGCUUAGGGAAGGGCAGGGAGGAGGGGAAUCAAUGGGGACAGAGCAGUGUUGCCCCAACCAUGCAUCCUGCAAGGGAGACACCAACCCAUGAGGUGAUGCUGGGGAAGCAGAGUUUUGGGGGCCAGGCCUGUGCUCUGCUCCCUGGGUCAUUCCUCUUUCAUGGCUGGGGGGGAUUGCACCCUUUUGGGAGCCUGGUAUGGAGUUGGGGGGGGGUGAGCUUUAGGUGCAGUUUUGCUGACAGGCACAUCAAAGCCUGUCCCAGCCCACCCCCAGCAGGCAACGUCCCUUCUCCAGUCUUGGUGGUUGCACUUUUUUCCCCAAUAAUUCUCUCAAAUUUUUUUUUGGUUGAUUUUUUUUUUUUUUCUUUUCCCGCCAAGAAGAAAAAAAAAAAAAAAAAAAAAAAGCUGCUUGAAGUGACGUUUCAGCGCGGUGUUGAGCACUGUAAUUCCUGCAGUCGGGGCGGGCGGGCUGGGACCUGCACACCAGGUGCUGGAUUUUUACCCAAAAAUGAAAUUUCUGGCGUCCACGAAAGGACCAGCCCCGGACACGGACCCGUCCAACGCGUUCCUUAGGUUGGUGUGUGUAACUGAGAGCAUCUCAUCAGCUGUGUGCAUUCGUUCUGUCACUGGUAAGACAACUGUGGUACUAAAUGUCAUUCGAACCAAUAAAUUAUUAUUAUGUCA